CUGAGUGACAGGAUCUUCUCGGCUGUAGGACUGACAGUUUGACGGACAUAUUGGGUCUUUAGAAGUCUGCAGUAAUGGAACCUUUGUAGCAAUGUUAGAUAACAUAUUAUUCUGUCAUUUAUUUCUGAUUAAUAAUAAGUUUCUCAGCCUUGCGCGAUGGAGCCUGAAGCGGGACGAGACGAUGGGAUCCUCCGCGCGCUCUGGAGACCGAGGAUGUGUUUGUGAAAGUGGACGGACUGGGGUCAGUCAUGAAGCCUGAGCUGAACUGCAGCUCCCAGUGUGAUUCCCCACUCUGCUUCAUCCAGUUGGGAGUCAACAGGCAGGAGGGCCUUGACAUUCUGCAGAGACUAUGCAGUCUCAGCACGAUGGCCGUGGAGCUCCCGAGGCGGUCUCUCUCCCCAGUGUUGAGCGCUGUGGUGUGGACGCUGCUCUCCUGUGGCAUCCUGCUGGCUUUCUGCUUCCUGCUCUUCACCCUGCGCUUCAAAAACAACAGGAUAGUGAAGAUGUCCAGUCCCAACCUGAAUGUCCUGACUCUCUUUGGAAGUGUCCUCACCUACAGCAGCGGCUUUCUGUUUGCCGUUGGGGAGCGAUCACAAGGUGAACCAUCCGCAGCUGUGCAACAAGCUCGGAUGUGGACUCUUUGUGUCGGCAGUACCCUGGUGUUUGGCCCAAUUUUGGGGAAGACGUGGAGACUGUACAGAGUGUUCACCCAGCGAGUGCCUGACAAGAGAGUGAUCAUCCGAGACAUCCAGCUGAUGGGCAUGGUGGCUCUGUUGAUCUUGGUGGACAUUCUGGUUCUCACUGCCUGGAACCUCACAGACCCGAUCAGGUGUUCACGAUCUGUCGGAGCUGUUGUCAAGGUGGGAGAGAGAGACAUUUCCUACUCUUUGUCUCAGCUGGACACCUGCUCCUCUGUAUACUCUGAUCUGUGGGUUGUCAUUAUUGCUGUUCAGAAGGGUUGUCUUCUCCUCUAUGGGACUUAUCUAGCCGGGUUGACCAGCAACGUCAGCCACCCUCCUGUCAACCAGUCUCCCACCAUCAUGACAGCCGUCAUUUUGGUCACCCUCUUUUCGGCUGUGGCCGUCCCAGUGUCCAUCUUCCUGCAGGCCUGGCCCAACCUGGUCUAUAGCACUGUGGCUGGAGCCAUUUUCAUCUGCACCAUGGCCACCAACUGCAUGCUGUUUGUGCCUCAGCUGACCCAGUGGCGGCAGUUUGAAGAGGACCAGAACAACCCAAGUCAGAUGGCCAAGUAUUUCAGCAGCCCCAGUAAGAGCCAGCCCUCUGUGUACAGCCAGGAUGAGAUGUACUACCUGCUGGGGGAGAACAACUCCAUGAAAAAAAUUCUGAAUGAGAAGAACGCUGUGAUUGACAGUCUGCAGGAGCAGGUGAACAACGCUAAGGAUAAACUCCUGCGACUCAUGUCAGCCAGCCAGCCACCCGAGGACCAGGACCUGGAGUCUUCCAACACCAACCUCAACUCCAACUCCACUCAGACCACAGAGCUUCAGUCUGACGGCCCCUCUUCUUCUUCUCUACCUCAGAGAGACACUAAAUCCCAACUCUCGCCACCAUAUCUCUAUUCUAACCUCACUGCUGCUGCUGUUACGCCGUCCAAUGAGCCUCCCUCUGCUCCAAGAUCCUCAGCCCCCAUUGCUGCUUCCUCUCUUGUCCCUGAUGAUAUUAAUGAUAGUGAAAACCAGAGAGGUGUCUCUAAUUGUAAGGCCAGCGGUAGAGACACCUCUUUGGCUGGGAGGGGCACAGGGGAAGAUCUCAAACAACCCUUCUCUCUCAGGUCCCCCGGCUCACUCAGGACAGCAGAAGAGACAGUUGAAUUUGUCACUUCCUUACAAUCCCGUAUAGGGUUAAACCCCUCUCAGUUGGAAACUUUAAACAAUCAGAGUGGCCUAACAUCCCAGCCGGGACCAAAAGCCAGACCAACUGGUUUUGUUAGCAGCGAGCAGUUGCAGGAGAUCCUCAAGGAGCUGAGUGUGGAUGCAGUCAUGGAAAUUGCACUUCGAUCACCCGGUCAGACAUCCAGAACGCCGUCUCAGCUAAGAUUUACCGAAGCGUCUGCUCUUUCCCCUCUCUCCCUCCGCACACUGCGCUCCCCUCAUCCACCUCUUAUGUUCCGCUACCCCAGCAUCUCCCCCUAUGCGAUGAGGAAACGUCGGCCGCCCUUCAACUCCUGCAGAAAAGGGUUGUCCCCUCCCUGCUUCUAUGCAGGGUCAGAGGCUGCUGGUGGCAAAAAGAUAAGGGACAACUGUGAACUCCAAAAUCCAGGCAAGCACCCUGACGGGGUCACCGUGGAUGGUACCCUCCUCCAGGUUCACAACACUGACCUCGAGCUGGAGGAGAAGGAGGAAGAUGAGGAAGGGAAUGAAGCGAUUAGGAAAGGUCGGAGGCAUAUUUCAAGGUCCCGCCGAUGCCCAGUCUUGCCCUGCGCAGAUAACACAGCUCCACCUGAUAUGGAGGCGGGUGGUGACAAUGAGCAGCACCACAGACGCAUCAGAGACUCCUGUGGCUACUGGGACUCUGACUCCAGCAGCUCAACAGACUACGGUUACUACCACCGUCCCUACUGUGACUCCUGCCUGCAGCGAGGCUCUCUCCUGUCAUCGGACAGUUACUCAGACUCCUCCGACAGCGAGUACGAAGGCUACACCGGCCUGUACCGCUCGCCACACCCUGUGGUAUUCAAAGAAGACAUUAAACCCACCUUUGUAUGAGAACAGGUUUACCGCACUUUACACGUUCAUCCAUUUCCACCACUUGAAUUCAUCUCCUAAGAAGCGUCAUACAAAAUGAGCAUUUAGGAUAAAGCAGGCACAAAGUUCAUUGUGCAUUAUGCUAAUGUGCAUCUGUAAUGGGAGAUCACCUGACUGUAGCUUUCAGUAGGAAUGUGUUUGGAAUUAUGUAUGAAAGAGCAAUAGUAGUUCUUGAAUCUUGCAUUGUGGGACAGAGUGGAUCUUUUAUUAGAUUUAUGAACACUUUUGUAGCUCACAAGCACACAAAGCUGUUUACUUUGUAAUAUUACUUAUUAUGUGUAUAUUUGUGCUGUCAGAUGAAAUCCCUUACAUUCAAAAAAUCUAAUUCAAAAAUGUGCACUGUAUUAGCUAUUGUGUAUAUGCUGUAUUUAUUGUAAUAUUUAUAAUAAGAUGUUUUGGUGUAUACAGGAUUCUUCUCUGUACCCUUUUAUAUUGUUUUACAUUAUCUACACAUUCCUUAA